CGGCCCGGCGCGGCGAGGCCGAGGCGCUCGGGGCCCUUUUCAAACCCAGCGGUAGCGGGGCCGCGGCCCGGCCACGAAAUGGCGGAGAACGAUAAGCCGGAGGCUGCGGCUGCCGCGCCGCCGCGCGGGGCCGAGGAGGCCGCCGCCAGCCAGCCGCCGCCGCCGCCGCCACCACCACCACCACCACCACAGCAGCAACAGCCGCUGCCGCAGCAACAGCAGCCGCAGGAUGAGGAGGCGGCGGCAGCAGCGACAGCAGCAGCAGCCGAGAGCGGCGGGGGCAGCACUAAUGGCGUCAAAAUGGAUAAUGAUGAGACAGCAAAAGAAGAGAAAGCACCUGUGAAAGAGAAGUACGUUGCAAAACCAAAGGCAAUCCCUUCUCUUGGAAACAAGAAUAGAUUCCACCCUUAUUCAAAGGACAAGAAUGCAGGCACUGGAGAGAAGAAGACUAUUAAUCGUAAUAGAGUUUUUAUCAGCAACAUCCCAUAUGACAUGAAAUGGCAAGCUAUUAAAGAUCUUAUGAGAGAGAAAGUUGGUGAGGUUACAUACGUGGAGCUGUUUAAGGAUGCUGAAGGAAAAUCAAGGGGUUGUGGUGUGGUUGAAUUCAAAGAUGAAGAAUUUGUUAAGAAAGCGUUAGAAACUAUGAACAAAUAUGAUCUUAGUGGAAGACCCCUGAAUAUUAAAGAGGAUCCUGAAGGUGAACAUGCUCGUAGGGCAUUACAGCGUGUAGGAGGACAGUUUCCAGGAGGACAUGGACCUGAUGUGGCACCUGGACUAAUGAAUUUACCACCUUCUAUUCUCAAUAAUCCAAACAUUCCUCCUGAGAUUAUCAGUAACUUGCAGGCAGGCAGGCUCGGGUCCACUAUUUUUGUUGCUAAUCUUGAUUUUAAAGUUGGCUGGAAGAAGCUGAAGGAGGUAUUCAGCAUUGCGGGAAAUGUAAAGCGUGCAGACAUCAAAGAAGAUAAAGAUGGCAAGAGUCGAGGAAUGGGAACAGUUACCUUUGAGCAGGCGAUUGAAGCUGUUCAAGCAAUAUCUAUGUUCAAUGGACAAUUCCUCUUUGAUAGACCCAUGCAUGUAAAAAUGGAUGACAAAUCAGUUCCUCAUGAAGAUUUCCGUGUUGCAGACAGUAAAACCUCACAAUUACCUCGUGGUCUUGGUGGCAUUGGUAUGGGACUUGGACCAGGUGGACAGCCCAUCAGUGCAACACAAUUGAGCAUGGGUGGUGGAAUGGGGAGCAUGGGUCCAGGAGGUAUGGGAAUAGACGGUCCAGGAUUUGGUGGAAUGAAUAGAAUGGGAGGCGGACUUGCUGGAUUUCGUGGAAUGGAAGGAAUGCCUAAUAUGGGAGGAUUUGGAGUCAACCGAAUGGGAGAAAUGUUCCGUGGUGGAAUGGGAGGAAACAUGGACAGAGACUUUGGUCGUAGUGACAUGGCAUUGAACCGUGGUUUUGGAGAUUCCUUUGGAAGGAUGGGUGGUGCAAUGAUUGGUGUUUUUGCAGGAGGAAUGGGAGCACCUAGCAUGGGCCCAGUAAGAUCUGGAAUGAGUGGUGGAAUGGGUGGUAUGAACAGUAUGGCUGGAGGAAUGGGAAUGGGGAUGGAUCGGAUGAGUUCUGGUUUUGAUCGAAUAGGACCAGCUAUGGGUGGAGGCCUGGACAGGAACAUCGAUAUCGAUCGAGGAUUUGUGCCUGGCCCAAUGGGAAGUGUCAUGAGAGAGAGAUUAGGCUCUAAAGGCAACCAGAUAUUUGUGAGAAAUCUUCCUUUUGACUUGACCUGGCAGAAGCUAAAGGAGAAAUUCAGUCAGUGUGGUCAUGUAAUGUUUGCAGAAAUAAAAAUGGAGAAUGGAAAAUCAAAGGGCUGUGGAACAGUCAGAUUUGACUCACCAGAAUCUGCUGAAAAGGCCUGUAGGAUAAUGAACGGCAUAAAAAUCAGUGGCAGAGAAAUUGAUGUACGCUUGGAUCGCAAUGCAUAAUUUAAAACUGUGUGUUCAGGAACAUUCCUAUGUCUGUUUAGCUUCUCUAUCCUAGUAAGUCAUUUUUAGUAACAUUGUAUGCUUACAAAAGCUGUAAAAAGGAACUUUUAAAUCCCACCAGCCUUUAACAGUAUAGUGUUUAAUAUACUGUGAUAGUUGUUAACUGAAUCUUACUAUGUUUGGUUUUUAAAGACAAUUUGCCUGAUUUUUGUUGUUUUUUUUAGAGGCACUGAGCACCUGCAGGUCUCUGUAGACUGUGGAAACUUUGGAUGCUCAGCGCCUUUGGAAAAUUAGGCCAAGUGUCUCUAGUCAUUCAGUUUAAAUGAAUGGUUAUACUGUUUUUAAUAAAAUAAGCCAUUUUCUCUGUUAAUCUCAAGAUUGCAUAGUGGGAUUUGUUUAGUGUUUCUUGAUUUUUAUUUUUUUUUUCCCCAGUGUGUACCAACAUUGUAAUGUAAAAAUUAGAUGUCUUUUUUUUCAGAAUUUUGUUUUUAUAUGUGUGUUGUAGUCAUACUGUAAUUCUUGACUCUAAAAGAAAGGGCUCCAAAUUAGGCUGUGAUGUUUUCAUUUUACUUAGUAUUACUUUAAUUACAUGACUUAGUUCUGUAAAUAAGAUUUAGAGCCCAGUGAGAGUUUUGAAUUUUUUUUUUUAAUUUUUUAUUUUGACAAAAUGAAGAAACUGAUCUUUCUCUCCUUUUUAUUUUUUUCAUCAGUAUAAUCACUGAUUAAAACUAGUUACCACAGACUCUUGUAGGAUUGUUCCCUAUGAUGCCAAGUUCAUAUAAAAUUGAUAAUAUAGUAAAUACUAGGUACAGUAUAAGACAGAUUGCUCCCAAUUUUUUAUCUAUUUUCCAGCCAUUCAGGUGAACUGCCAGCAAAAUAAAACCAACAGAACAGAUAAGAGAAAUGGCUGUGUAUGUCAAACCACUGCUGUUCACUUCUAUGGGUCCUGAUGUAUUUAUGAAGGCAGUUUUUAUAAACCAGGGUAUUCCCAAACAGAGCAUAUCAAAUACGUUGGAUCCUACAAUGUUAGACAUAGCCAUAUCUCCAUUUCCUGUAAAAGAAGAAAUACAAAUAAAUCUGCUUAAUUGAAUUGUAUGAAAUUGACAAACUGUUUUGGAGGAACAGAUUGUCAGCCCUCAAUUUCUCAGAGCACCCUUUUUAGACUUUUCAAUGAAAGAACUAUAGUCAUUCUACAGAACAUGGUUUUGGGUUAAAAAAAAAAAGUCUCCCUAAAUCACCAGCAUCUGCACAGUUGCACUUAAAAUAAACCAGGCAGGCUAUUAUAAAAUCCAGUCAUGUUUAUAAUACCAAGACCUACAGUUGUGUUUUGCAGUAAAACUGUAACACUUGAUCAACAACAAAUCAAACCAAUUUAGACUACUUCUCCAAGAUACUCUGAGAGGUUUUUAAAUAUCUGAGCCACAGCUUCUUCAGGUAAGCUAUUUGUUAGUAGUAAACUGAAGCUCUAGAAUCUGGAGCAGAAAUUUUGGAAGUUAAGCCUUGAAUUUCUGGAAAUGUUGACCAGAAUUCUUUUUUUCAUAGUACCUUUUAAACACAUCCAUUGGAAUGAGCCUGAAUACUAAAAUCUUUACCUUUUCGAGCCACCAGCACACUUGCAACUGUAUCUGGUACACUUGUUCCUGCUGCUAGUAAUGUGAGUCCCAUUACUGACUCUGGAAUUCCCAGUGUUUCACCUGCAGUUGAUAAAUAACAGUAGAAAAUGCAAGUAUGUUUUUACUUUAGGUUUCAUGCAAAUAAACUGCUUUGGACUUUAUUUGCUGGAAAAAGGAUUAGUAAUCAUACAGUAAUUUCAAAAGGAAUCUGUCAGCUAACUUGACUAAAUAGGAAGUGACUGAACCAUGAAGUAGUUAAAAAUAAGACCAACCAAGAAAUAUCAUCCUGUCCUUGUUCUUCAAUCAAAUAAAAAAGGAAUUGUGGUAUCGUAACCAUCUUACUUAACAAGUUUCUCAGACACCCGAGUGGAAUGUCUUCAGUAGUCAAGACAAUAUCAAUUACAAAUUAUUUUUUUUCCAGGUACAGUAGAAGUUUAAAUAUCUAACAAUUUACUCCCUUUUUUUUUUUCCUCUCAACCUCUGGAAAAUAUAGUAGUCUUCUAUGUUUUUGGGCAUCUUUUCAUUCAUGCUCAAAAGUCUCAUGGAGCAAUAACUCUUAUAAUCACUCACUCUUUAAAGGGGGAGAUAAAACAGCACAUGAAUUAUCUUGGGGAGGAGGGUCAUUAAGCUCAUUACUACAAUACUGUCUCAACUACAUGGCUUUACUAUUUCACUCCAAUUAGAUCUUUUGUUGUAUUGGGAAGAAUCAAAAUGCAGAAUUUUUAUAUGGCUUGUAAGUGCAAAUAAUCCUUUAGAAGUGUUUAGGUAAAUGCUGGUUUAAAUUAAGAAAAGUUUUAAAUUGUUACUAAAACAGCAGCUCAUUUUGCACCAUUUUUUUUCAGCCCCAUAUGUCCUGUAAGCAUGUUAAUUUCUCACUUAAAAUACAGGCAUUCAGAUCUUCAGAACUGUUUUAGCAGUUUUAUCACUCACAAGCAUCGAUAUACUGAAGUAUUUGAUACCUCUAUUCAAACUACUUCAGUUUAAGAAAAACUAAUUACUUUUUUUGUUCACUAGAAAGUAUCUUUUUGUUGAAAUCUGAAUUCUUAAUUGCAGUAUUUGGACACUAAUAAGAAGUUUCCUUAAAAUAAGAGGCAUUAUUCUGUAAGCUAGUUCAGCAAUGCUUACCUAGUACAUACCAGCUUAGUCUAGAUCAGCCCAGUAAAUUUAUGUUUGAAAUUAUUUGUUGGUUCAGAGUAACUAACAUCCUGAUGCAGAAUUUGUACUGGUAUUUAUUCUUCCAUCACUCCUAAUGUAAGAGAUUUGUAGAAUGA